ACUGAGCUUUCAUGUCGGGAACUUGUGACAAGCUAUGACAGGGAAAGGACUUUUGAACUAGAAACAACGGGAAGAACAUUGGUUGGAUUUGGCAACACAAGUGGGUGGCCUAUCGCAGCAGCCAUAGCCGCUGCAUCAAGACCAACCAGGUGA